UGUGGGACUAAUUGCUCGUUCUCUCACAAGAGAUGCUUCCAAAAACAAUAGAGGAAAACCCAGGGAAUUGUAUAGUUAUAUCUACCACAAACCAGGGCAUUAAAUGUGGUCACAAUUAAAUAGGGAUCUGAGAUCUGCAGAGAGAAUAGUGAAGACGAAGAUGCCAAGUACUGAUGGCUUGGCUGAGAAGUCUUUCAGAAUCAAGGAGGACGGAGGGUUCUUCUCGAGGCUUGUGGCGAAGGAAGCUUCCAUGGCUAACUCGUCUUCGAGGGUACUGUACUACGGAGAAGCUUCAGUCGGAGUUCCUUUCAGGUGGGAAUCAAAACCAGGAACUCCGAAGCAUCCUCUGAGCGAGACCUCUCUUCCUCCAUUAACACCCCCACCUUCCUAUACCUCCAAGUCCAAGCCAAACCCUAGAAAUCCAAACAAGAAGACUACCCGCAGUAUCAUCUCAGGCAUUUCGAGGGCACUACUCGCAGGCUCUGGAAAGGUUCACGUGUCUCCUUCUUCGUCUUACUGGUCGUCGUCGUCAUCGUCGCUUUCGCUGGGAUAUUCAUCUCCUUCUUCAUUCUCUGUGAGGUCAGCGACAUCAAAACUGGGCUCUGCUUUCAGGUACAAAAAUAGAAGAUCAGGUGGAUUUAGAAGCUGCGCUCCUAAUUUAGGGAAUGCAAAGAGUUUGUUUCUGAAAAUGGUGGGGGCAUGAUGAUGGAGCUAGUGAAAUUUUCUACGUCCUGGUUUGCUUAUUGUAGAGGUCUCUUGAGUUGUUGAUGAGUGCACUUGAAAAAAGUGUGUGUGUGGGGGAUCAUAGCUCAUGAUCAAUAUUAACAAUGUAUAUGCAAGAAUCCAAUUCCCCCAUUAUCAUGUGUCAUUGAAGAAACUGUUAUUAUUUUAGAAUCACGAGUCAUUUGAAUUUUCAAUAACCAAGUUUUUCGAUA